GGGCACGGAGCUCUGCACCAUCUCUGCCUGAAAGACCGAGGAAUCCUGGUGGGGGGCUCCGUAACUGCCGUUUCUUUCAGACACCAGACAACCUGCCGGUCCAGCUAUGAAGACAGAGCAGAGCUGUGUGGAGACACUCCGAGGGGUCAAAGAUCUGCUCCAAAAACCGGCGCACGGGGAGGAGGAUGCCCCGGAGAGACAAGACGAAUGCAAAUACGUUGAUUUGGAGUUAGUGUACGUGAACACAGGCGGGACAAAACCGGAGAGAGACUGUCGCUUUGGUGAAGAAAACCAAAUGUCUGUCGUUGUUAAGAGCAGCGGCGCCGGAGCUUCGCGCGCAACGGAACCAAACAUUGAGUUGGCGAUUAAAAACAAUAUUGAAACUAACAAUAACGAGGAUAAUGGAGUUGGGAAAUGUGCAGAAGAUGUCAAGCAUGGUCCCUCUGAUUCACCUCCUUCAUCACAUGUCCCUUGUCUUAACGCAAAGUCAGAGGAUUGUCUCAAAUCAGGGGAAAGAAGCGAGCGCGCCACAACGCAACCCGAGGUGUCCAAAAAAGAGGACAACAAAAACACAGAAAGAGAUGAGUUACACUGUGGUGAUAAUUAUCUGAGCGGGAGAAGUGAGUCGUAUGAUUAUGAGGAGGAUGAUGUUAGUUUGGUGCUUUCCGACGACUGUGUCCUGUGCAUGCCGCAGGAUGAGUCCCAUUACAUCACAACGCACGAGAUCCAGCUCUCGGAGCUCUCUGACCAUGAGGAGGGCUACGGCCUCGGGGCGGGCUCAUCCAGCUGGGACAUUGAGGAUGACAACCAGGUGUACUCGUUUGUCGAUUACGCUUCUUUCGCCGGUGAUGGAGCGGUGGGGGAGAGGGGGGACGGCGGCCAGCCUCGCCCUCAGGGCGCAGCAGCAGUCAGCACUCUGCUUGAAAGUGAUCUGUGCGACGCGGCCAAGUUCACCAGUUCAGAUGAGAGUGUGUCAAAGCCACAGCAGCACCAGCAGUGCAGGGGCAGCAGUGCGGGGCAGAUCCACCUGUCAAUCAGAACCACUUCUCGAGCUAUAAAUGACCCUAGCAACAUCCAAGAACAGGGAAAUAUCAUUUAUCAUGCAAGGCGCUCCGGGGACAUGAGUCGCUAUGUGUUCAGGGGAGUUGAUGGGAAGGCAGAGACGUUGUGUGACAGGGCCAAGUGUUUCAUAGCCGCGCCCGGACGCUUACAUUUUGGCCGCAAAUUGAGGGGAAAAGAGGUGACUGAGUAUUCCAGCGGUGCGUCCAGCGCUGUCAGCGAGCUGGACGACGCUGACAAGGAGGUGCGCAACCUGACGGCCAAAGCCUUCAAGAGCCUGGCUUAUCCUUACUUUGAUGCCAUUAAUUUCAGCACCUCCAGCGAGUCAUCUGCAUCAGAGCAUGGCAAAGGGAUAAACAGGUGGUCCACGUUUGUCGACCUGAAAUAUGGCAAUAUGUCACGGGGACUGGACCAAAGUGUUGUUUCCCAUCAAAACUCAACGGCCUCAUUUGAAAUAGCCAAAAAUAUAGACAACAGAGGUUAUAAGGGCAUUGCACUGGCAAGCAUCAAACCGCCCACCAGCAAGAUCUUCACUCUGAAUGGCAACCCCCACAGCGCAUCCACACAGUCAUCUACACAGCAGAUAGAGCUGAUGGGAGAAUUCAGUCAGGGCCACAGUGGAGUGAUUAGACUCACAGAGACUCUGAAUUUUCGUUGCAAUGUCAAAUCGGGAAUGUCUGGGGGUGAAAGACACACUAACUUUGCACAAAAUGCUGCAGGAUCACGUUCCACAGAUGAAGUUACCAACAGUUUGCCAAGCGGCCAGAGGAGAGGGGCCAGCAAGUCGCCUUCUAAAACCAUGGAAGACACACACAAGAAAGCCAUAUUCGCCUCGAGUCUGAUCAAAAAUGUGAUUUCUAAGAAGAUGCAGUUCGAGCAGGAGCGCAAGAUGGAAAGAGGGGAGAUAAGCGAGCCGCACCCGACGCAUUCUCCGUGCUGCGUGCACCAGGAGAGUGACAGCCACAGGGAGAAGGGCAGCAGGGAGCUGCACAGACAGUGCUCCAGGUUUUCUGAGGGCAGCUCUGACUAUACCAUAAUGUGCGUGGAUGAAUUAGGGGACAUAUUGGACAGCGGCUCAUGUGAUACCAAAAGCGACUCUCGAAAACAAGACACGGCUGCUCCAAUCAGAGAACCAGAAACUAAUUUGAAACCGGCAAAGGAAGCUGGAAUCGAUACUAAAAAAGGUGCAUUGGAAGCGUCCAAAAGCACACUGCUUCGCAGCCAAAAUAGCGCAUUCAGAUGCUGGAAGGACGAGGAGCUAGAGUUUCAAAAGGAUAAUAAAAACGAUCAAACUCCGGAGACGUCGGCUUCAGCUAACGAGGACGACGGCGAGGGGGAUCAUUACUCAGCGGGCAACGGCAAACUGACUAAAAUGUCCCAUUUGUUUGUGCCAAGCAUUCAACUGCUGUCCAGUGACAGAGUAGUCGGACAGCAGCUGCAGAGCAGGAAUUAUCCUCCAUAUGGAGAUAGAGGAGGGAUACAACUGCGCUCUGACAACACCUUAUACAUCGCAGGCUCCAGGAAUGUGGCUACAUCUAAAUCUCCGGAAAUUAAAAUUAAUUUAAGGAGCGUCAGAGACAAUAAAACGGAGCCGUUUGGCGUUUCAAAACUGCGCGCUCCUAAUAUAGGCUGUAACGCAGCCAGCCUCAUCAGAACAGAUGACUUCAAAUGCCAGGCGCUGGCUACAGCUUUGAAGGGUGAGUCGUCAGAUAAAGUGCCGCAUUUCAUGGUUAGAGACAUCAGAGAUAAUAAAGGAAAGCUACAGACGCCCAUACACCAAGUGAGAGACGUGCGUAAAUUGGUUAAAAGUUCCUAUCACUUUGUUUCUUUGGAUAAUAACGAAAAUAAAUCCAACUUUUCAUCUGCUGACAGCCAUUCAGAGCAGAAGAAGCAAAUGUCUUAUCGAAAUCCUAAUUCUGUGUCCCCUAUAGUGAUCAAAUUUCAGUCUGUGAAUACAAAUAGUAACGGAAAAUAUUUUGAAAAUCUUACUGAGUUAUCUAAAGUGGAGCCGUUGGACGUGGGCAGAUCGUCUCCAGCAGGCGCUAAAAAUGCUCCACUGCAAAGAGCCGCAGGAAGAGCACCCAUAUGUAACUCCAAUAAUUCCUCAGAUGGAGUCAUUGGAUUGAGAAUUGAAAGCAGAACAGCUUCAAACGCGCAGGAAAAAAUAUCAGACAUCACAGAUAAGAAACCUGAGUCAAAAUUGGCGAAUCAGGGGGCUCUCGAAAAACUCCAGGCUGCUGUAAAAACCAUGGAGCAGCUCUAUAAAUUUGAAAAAAAUGAAUGGAAAAGGAGGAAUGAGCCCCAUAUCCUGACAGACAGCCAUGUGCUUUCAAUGAUAGCCAGUGAAGAGCAUGGAGGACCUGAGGAGGAUGGAGCGAGAGGGUCCAACAUGGACAAGACAGUCAGAAGAGACUCCUUUCCCAACAAUGACAAGACCCCUCCAGCAGUAGCCUCUGGCACUGACAGCCUGCUGAGGCGAGAGGACAAAGACACCCCCGUGGUCUGUCAGACUCCCAGCAGCCAUGAUGACAUUCUGGUUGCUAGGUCAACGCUAGCCACUAGCACCACAGGGAACAAAAACAUGUUCAGCCUCGGCUCUAGCCUUCAGGCCUCCACAUCAGCAAAGGCCCAGCCAAACGCCAUCAAACAAACACCUUUCAGCACCAAACGCUUCCUCCCAAAGUCCCCAAAAUUGCCGAUGUCCUUACAAGUCAGCCAGACGAAACUAAGUGGAAAUAAAGAAGCUGAAUCAAAGGAUGUAGAGAGGUCCACACAGGAGCUACUGAGCACCUCAGCUGAUAACGAGAACUACCUAACCAUUCCGGUCAAGUCUUACGCCACUAGCAACAAACAAGCCUCAUCUGCUGAUAAAACAUCAGUGUACACAUUUACCACCCAGACACAACCAACCACUCAUUUAGGACACUGGGGAUCUGGCAACAGGGGCUUAGAAGACCCUAACCAGGCCCCUAAACGCUCCAGCAUUGUGAUGGACACACACUUACCAGAUACCCCUUCAGCCACCAUCUACCACUCUUUGCCAUUUGGCAUGUCCACCAAUCAGCCUCAGGUGUACUGCUUCUCUCCGGCAAUCACCCCUGCUCCCACCCUGGACCCCUUCCAGGCCACCCAGAGGAAGAUGCUCCUGGAUCCCACCACUGGAAACUACUACCUGGUGGACACCCCUGUGCAGCCGGCCACCAAGCGCCUCUUUGACCCCGAAACAGGCCAGUAUGUGGACGUGCCCAUGCCGCAACUUCCAAAGACCCCAGUGCCCAUGCCGAUGUCACCUUUGGCCCUCAGUCCAGGAGCAUACGGACACACCUACAUGAUCUACCCAGGCUUCAUGCCAACACCGUCCAUGAUCCCGGCCCGGACGCUGGUGCAGUCACACAUGUCGGUGCAGUCAGAGGCGGAGAGCGGAGAGAAAGGCUUGUCGCAGCAGACUGAGGGGAUGUACAUGGAGAGUCCCUUCUACAUGGCCACUGGCAAGUCUCCCCAGGCGGCCUACGGGGCUCCACAGCAGGCCACCGCCAACAGCCCACUGCAGGGCUUCUCCAGCGUCAAGCAGCCGGUCAUCAGCAUCACCUCCCAGCAGGGCCCCCGGAUCAUAGCGCCGCCCUCGUUUGAUGGGACCACCAUGAGCUUCGUGGUGGAGCACAGAUAAAUGGCAGCUCUCCUGGACAGGGCUGAACCCUGAGUGAUGCUGACUGCUCUGGCCUUCUGUCUCUUCAUUGGUUCUUCCAUUGGCAGGAGGCGGGAGCUGAUGGGUCAGGGCCUGGUAUACAAGGGCUCCUUUAUAUCCUGUCUAAGUGUAUAACGUGUACAAGAUGUGUAUAAAGUAUGUAUUUCUUGAUUUAUAACAUCACAUUGUACAAAUGUAAAGACUCACUGUAGGCCUAUAACCAAUCAGGGUUUAACUUUUUGUUAAUUGUCACAUUAUGUAGUUUUUUGUGAUUUUGUAAUAAGUUACAUUUUACAACCCAUUAUUGCAAAAUAACUUUUAUAAUGAUUAUAGCAUAUUAUCUAUAACAGUUAACAUUUUCUCACCAUGUCUUGUGUGUUGGAUUUUAUGCAGUGUCCCUAUUGCUUUAAAAUGCAUGUCAGCAUAUGUGUUUAUAUAUAUAUUGAUGCAAUGUGUGUGUUGAACCGAUACAAUGGUAGACAUCCUGGAGAUCUCCCAUCAUGCAUUAGCCCUGCAUAUACUGUGAAGCAAAAUAGAAUAAUAGAAUAAUAAUGUAUUACGUUUAGAUCUAACGCGUUAUGCCAAAGGUUUAAUAAGUAUUCCCUGAUCACAUAAACAUAAAACUGGCCAAUCCUUCCUCUGUCUCACUGGAAUGUGAAGACUGGGGUUUUAGGUGGCCGGGUUGGAUCAGUGGGUAGAGUAGGCACACAUAUACUUGGAGGUUUAUACCUCGACGCAGAGGUCCAGGGUUUGAAUCCGACUGUAGACGAUUUCCUGCAUGUCUUCUCACCUAGUUGUCCUGUCAAAUAAAGGCAGAAAAGCCCAAAAAUAAUCUUUAAACAUUUUUUUGUUGUUUUCCAAGCAGCUCUUUAAGGUUAUAAGAGCAGAGCAGCUACAGGAUGAUGUGAGCUGCAGAGCUGCAGACUCUGCGUAUCACUGUUUCUAAGUCAAUCUUUUGACACUGACUUAUUGUUUUGUACUUCAAAUAGUUGAGACUGUGGAUCUGCUGGCCAGUCCAUCCUUUGGUUUUGAAUCAACUGUUUGUUGCUUUACUGUCUUUAUGCUAGGACACCAGAAACAUAACCCAGCAGCAAACAUCCUUUUAUAUUAACUGCAGGAACAAUGAUGUUGUUGUUAUGAAAGAAUACCACCACAUUUUUUGCUGUCGUAUUAAAGUGUUUUAUGCUGAAAGGUAUUGUAUUAUGUUGAAAUGAAUGAUGAUGUUUGCUGCCUUCUGAGCUGCUGAAAUGUUUUCAUUAAAUGUUUUUCAUUUCAAUGUUUUUCCAUCACUGCCCCUACUGCAGUCUAUCAACUUAUUUCACUGUUAGGAGUAGAUUGUACUGUAGAUUGGGAACAAGUCUAAAUUAAAGGGUCAGUCAUAACACAUGUACGAAAACAUUCUGAUUUGCUACUGCUAGACAAAUUUGAUACAAAUUGUAUGGGGGUCAUAUGGCAAAACAAAUGUAUAUGGAAGUCUGUUCUAAUGAAUUGCUUAAAAAAAUUAUUGAUAAACUGAGUGCACAGAUUAGUAAUUAUGUGCAGGUUAGCCAGCCAUUGAAGUAUAACUAACAAUCAACGAGGAAUUGUGACACUAGUUCUAGCUUUGAUUUAGCUUAUACAAUUACUAAAAACUGCACUAAAUGACUUAAAAGCUGUUUCUCUAAUAAAUGAUAAAUACCCACUUUUAUUCUAAACAACAGAUGCACAAGCUGAACUUGUACUUCAAAGUUUCCUCUAAACUACCAAAUGCUCUGUUUGAUUUAGCACUCUGUUUGUACAGUUCAUCAAGCCAUUCAUUUGGUUUACCAAUCUGUGCACACAGAUUUCAUGCAAAUAUUUUCUUCAACCAUAUUACCCCAGACAGGCUCUGUAGAAAGGAGAUGUUGAGUUAUUCAAAAUGAAGUAUAUUUUUUUAAACGAUCCACAGAUUAUACUGUUUUAUCUACUUUAAUGUGUGCUUUUCCAUUUAACCACUUGAAUAAUUUGCCUAACUGGUCCCACUGAUGGGGUUUGGUCUUUUAAAUGAGCAUUUAUUCAGAAAAAUCUUUCAUUGCCGCAUUGUUGGCUUGUUGCAGUACUUUGCAGAUCAUAUUGCAGCCGUUUUUGAAUGUGCAUGGAAAGGGUUCCUCUUUUCCUUCUGUACAAUGGAGGAAAUGUACAGCUUGUUGUUGUAAAUACUUUUUACAGGUCUCGUGGCCUGAUGUUCUGAUGCAUCACUGUUAUUAAAGCCUUGCACAAGGACACUUAAACAGGGUGGGGGUUUGAAGCCAGACCACUCUGCUGCUUUCUGGACAGUAAAUAUUGUGAAGGUAAAAGAAAGUUGACGUGACACAAAGAGAAAAAGUGGGGAAGUUUGGGACUUUUGGAAUGAGGGCACUUUUAUUUGGAAUUAAACGGUGAACACACCGCAGGGAAAGGUGGGUAUAGUUGAAAUGAAACAAUGAAAAUCUUUUCAGAAGUGAAAGUAAUGCUGAAAUGAUGGAAAAUGGUUUAGGAUUGUACUUUUUAUUUGUUUUUGCAAAUGUACAGUGUCAGUUCAAAACUGUGUCACUAAUAUUGCAGCAGAUGUUUCAUCAGAUGCUAUUGUUGAAUUUGUGAACAUGUAGUAAACAUGAAAGCCUUUUGCAGACCUCUCUAUUAUGUUUUUCACUUGUUGAUUGUUGUUAAUAUAUACCCUACAGUAUAAA